AUGAAGAUUAUCCUUACCUUCUGUCUCUUGGCUAUCGGAUUUUCGUUUGCAGAAGAAGCUUCCAGCACGGUGUCAUCCUUAGAAAUAUCAACAGAAAUUGUAGACACAUCUGUUGAAACAAGCACUGAUGUUAACAUCUUAUCUACUGAGGAAAGGAUUUUGACAGAAUCAACGAAAAAAGAAGAGACUAUUGUCCCAUCAACAGUCAAUCCCACGACAGAAGAAUUUGAGAAUACUUCAAUUAAGACUGAUACCUCUUCUGUUACUAAAACUUCGACAACUGAUUUUGAUGAACAAAAUGAGGAAGACGUAGUAGAUGACGAUGAUGAAGAUAAUGAUGAUGAAGAUGAAGAAAAUGAACAUGAUAAUACUGAUGAUAAUGAUGAAGAUUCCAAGGAGAAUUCAAAAACUACUGAGACUCCUGAUGUCAACAUCAAUAACCCUCUCGCUCUUGUGGGUGAUAACACAACAACAGUUCCCACAGUCACUCCAGCUCUUCCACGUCCCCCGUCUUUCACGGCCGGUUCUUUUUUCAUUGGCCUACUCCUCGGGCUUGUUUUGUUAGCUGUUGCUUAUUUCGGCUAUGUGUACUACCAACGCAGAAAAUCGUUACCUGCAGCCGGCUACAGGCCACUGAGCCAAACAACAUCUCUUCACAUUGGACUUCCCAAGAACUAUUCAACCGAUGAUGUGAUAGAUAUCAUUCAAUCUAUUCGUGUAUUUUGA